AGAAAGGAAGAUUUGGUGGCACUGAGGUUAUUGCCCGAGUGGCUGGUGGUUGUCAGAGUGGUUGUUGUACACCUUGACCUUGCACGAGCUGCGAAAACUGGUCUCUUUGGUCUGUUGGGAGAUGAGAGUGUGCAAGUGGUGGACGUGGCAUCGCCGUUGGUGGAGCAGCUAUAUGAGUUGGCUGAGAGGUGUGAACGUGCAGCCCCUGCUGUUACGGUUGCUCAAGACUUUGAGAGGGUGGAUGCGGAAGAGAUGGAUGCUUUGGUGAAGCGUGGAGCGAUUGAGGCUUAUCAUGAUCGUGAAGUGGGAGAACGUUUGCGGCCUGCGAUCUUGUUUAGGCUGUGUACAAAGAUGUGUAAUCAC